AUUACUCGUACGGAUAUCGUUAUAGUAGUAGACUACUCCUUUAUAACACUACGGCUUAAACGCUCUAAAACCGACUACGAUUAUAGCGGUAUUAACAUCGUUAUUAUAGCAACCGGAACAACUACCUGCCCUAUGUUAUAUAUACGAGCCCUCCUCUACGCGGUACCGACUACGAGCCCCCUCUAA